CGUGCACUUCCGUGUGCCGCGGCGCUGGAGCUGGAGCCGGCGGUAGCCCGGAGCCCGCGUCCGACCCCCGGCGUCCGCCAGCCGAUCCGAGACUCGGGCUGUACUGCAUCGGUCUCCGAGUCCGUCCCAGACAGGACCCGCACCGACCCCGCCCACACGAGCCCCGGAGCCGCGCCGGGAGCCGGACUUCACCCGCCGCGACCCCUGGCGCCUGGCCCCGCGCCCGGAGGCCUGCUUCUUCUGGUGGCUGUUGGGUGGAAGCAGCAGCAGGAGCCAAGACUAAGGUCAAGCAGGAGCCGGGCUCUCCAGCCCCGCUGCAGGCCCUGCCAUGGCGCCAUUCCUGCGCAUCGCCUUCAACUCGUACGAGCUCGGCUCCCUGCAGGCCGUGGAUGAGGCGAACCAGCCCUUCUGUGCCGUGAAGAUGAAGGAGGCACUUAGCACAGAGCGCGGAAAGACGCUGGUGCAGAAGAAGCCAACCAUGUAUCCUGAGUGGAAGUCGACAUUUGAUGCCCACAUCUACGAGGGCCGCGUCAUCCAGAUCGUGCUGAUGCGGGCGGCCGAGGAGCCCAUGUCCGAGGUGACCGUGGGCGUGUCGGUGCUGGCCGAGCGCUGCAAGAAGAACAACGGCAAGGCUGAGUUCUGGCUGGACCUACAGCCCGAGGCCAAGGUGUUGAUGUCAGUGCAGUAUUUCCUGGAAGACAUAGAUUGCAAGCAGUCUAUGCGUGGUGAUGACGAGGCCAAGUUCCCCACAAUGAACCGCCGCGGAGCCAUCAAGCAGGCCAAAAUCCACUACAUCAAGAAUCACGAGUUCAUCGCCACCUUCUUCGGGCAGCCCACCUUCUGUUCUGUGUGCAAGGACUUUGUCUGGGGUCUCAACAAGCAAGGCUACAAAUGCAGGCAAUGCAACGCCGCCAUCCAUAAGAAAUGCAUCGACAAGAUCAUCGGCCGGUGCACUGGCACUGCGGCCAACAGCCGGGACACCAUGUUCCAGAAAGAGCGCUUCAACAUUGACAUGCCGCACCGGUUCAAGGUGCACAACUACAUGAGCCCCACCUUCUGUGACCACUGCGGCAGCCUGCUCUGGGGGCUGGUGAAGCAGGGACUGAAGUGUGAAGACUGUGGCAUGAACGUGCACCACAAGUGCCAGAAGAAGGUGGCCAACCUCUGCGGCAUCAACCAGAAGCUCCUGGCUGAGGCCCUGACCCAAGUCAGCCAGAGAUCCUCCCGUGGUUCAGAAUCGGGGACUUCAGAGCCUGUUGGGAUCUACCAGACUUUCGACAGGAAAGCAGACACUGGGACCUACGGCAAGAUCUGGGAGGGCAGCAGCACGUGCAGAAUUGAGAACUUCACCUUCCACAAGGUCCUGGGCAAAGGCAGCUUUGGGAAGGUGCUGCUCGCAGAGCUGAAGGGCAGAGGACAAUUCUUUGCUGUCAAGGCCCUUAAGAAGGACGUGGUUCUGAUCGAUGAUGAUGUGGAGUGCACCAUGGUGGAGAAGCGGGUGCUGGCGCUUGCUUGGGAUAAUCCCUUUCUCGCCCACCUCUUCUGCACCUUCCAGACCAAGGAACACCUGUUCUUCGUGAUGGAGUUCCUCAAUGGGGGAGACCUGAUGUUCCACAUCCAGGACAAAGGCCGCUUCGAACUCUACCGGGCCACGUUUUAUGCAGCCGAGAUAGUCUGUGGCCUGCAGUUUCUACACAGCAAAGGAAUAAUUUACAGGGAUCUCAAACUGGACAACGUGAUGCUGGACCGGUACGGCCACAUCAAAAUUGCUGACUUCGGGAUGUGCAAGGAGAACAUGUUUGGGGACAGUCAGGCCAGCACCUUCUGUGGCACCCCUGACUACAUCGCCCCCGAGAUCCUGCAGGGCCUGAAGUACACGUUCUCCGUGGACUGGUGGUCCUUUGGGGUCCUUCUCUAUGAGAUGCUCAUUGGCCAGUCCCCCUUCCACGGUGAUGAUGAGGACGAACUCUUCGAGUCCAUCCGUGUGGACACGCCCCAUUACCCCCGCUGGAUCACCAAGGAGUCCAAGGACAUCCUGGAGAAGCUGUUUGAAAGGGAGCCCACCAAGAGGCUGGGAGUGACAGGGAACAUCAGAAUCCACCCUUUCUUCAAGACCAUCAACUGGACCCUGCUGGAGAAGCGGCAAGUGGAGCCACCCUUCAGACCCAAAGUGAAGUCGGGCGGGGACUACGGCAACUUCGACCAGGAGUUCCUGAACGAGAAGCCCCGCCUCUCCUACAGUGACAAGAACCUUAUCGACUCUAUGGACCAGACAGCUUUCGCCGGCUUCUCCUUUGUGGACCCCAAAUUCGAGCGCCUCUUAGAGAAGUGAGGCUCCCAGGCAUGCCUCCCACCCCGCCCCAGCAGGGGUCUGGGACCAGCCCGCUGUCCCCCAGCCCAGGCGGAGGAGCCGCGCCCCGCCCCUCCCCCAUCCCUCCCUCCACCAUGAGCAACGGUGUGAUUGCCAUGAGUUGUGCUGCUGUCCCCCUCCUGUUCCCCCCAGAAGGGCCACGGCCCCUGCCUGGCUGGGCUUUUAUGGUACUUCCUCUGUGAACUGUGUGUGAAUUUGCUUUUCCUCUGCCCUCAGAGGGAAAUUGUAAAUCCUGUGUUUCAUUACUUGAAUGUAGUUAUCUAUUGAAAAUAUAUAUAUUAUAUAUAUAAAUAUAUAUAAUAGGCUGUAUAUAUUGCUCAGUAGAGAAAAAGAUGUGGGGGACUGGUGACGUGUUGAUCUUUUUUAAAAAAAAUAUAUAUAUGACCAAAAAAAAAACAAGAAAAAGGGGAGCGCCAGCUGUGUGAGCCACCAGGUUCUUUUAUUUGUGUGUCUGAAUAAACAACGAAUGGUACCGAC